GAUAACAGAAAACAUGAAAAUAUUAAGACACGGAGGAGAGUAUGACUUAACUUAACAUCCAGUCAAACACUAAAACACAAUCUUGCUGAAAUCCAAUUAGGGUUAGGGCUUUCUUCAAAAUCCCCAAAUUCCUAAAAAAUAUUCCUCUGUGAAAUCAACAAUUGAAUCUACCAGUGUUAUACAUGUAGCUCAACAGUUAAGAUAAUAAUGAGAAAUCUAGAGAGUAUAGUUGCACAACCCCCAAUUUCAAUGAUCUCAGACUCGGUAGAUACACAUUAUGUCAUAACUGGCGGCAAUUUGUACGGAUGGCUUGUUAAUUGUCAUGGGUUUUUGCAUAAUAUUGGAUUGAUUGUUCCUUCGUUGCUGUUUGUGGUGUUCUUGGUGGUUCAAGCUAAGAAGAGUUUCGUAAAGCUUUCGAAUGAUCGAUCACUUGUUAUUAUUGCUUAUUAUGGCUUUCUUUGGCUUGUGGCUCUCUUUAAUCUUGCUUGGUGCUUGCUUCAGGCAUGGGAAUGUACUUCCGCAAGACAAACACCAUGGAAUAUCCUAUCACUUUUUACGGAUGCUGGAAUGCUAUUUCUUGAAGUAAGCUUGGUAGCUUUCUUACUCCAAGGAAACCAUGCUAGUGGGAAAGAAGCUUUGACAAGGACUUUUGUUGUCUCAGGACUUAUUGUUGCUUUUGAUACACUUCUUAAGGCUAUAUAUCUUUACGGGUUUUCAAUUCCGGUAUUUAUCAAUGACGGUGAGGGCGGAAGUCGGGUCAAAUGGGGAUUGUGGGUCAUCCAUAAGCUACUACUUACUGCAGUCUAUGGUAUCAUACUGUAUAUGUAUAACUCAGACUGGAGAGAGAGAUUACCUGCAAGACCAGCUUUUUACAAGUAUACUACUAUCAUGUUCUGCUUGAAUGUGACUGCAUCAUUAGCUUGUAUGUUGCUGACAGGACAUGGUGCUUCAUUUGGAGCCUGGUUGUAUGGCGUCACAACUGUUUGCUACCAUGCCUUGUAUCUCCCGCUGCUAUAUGUUACAUUCUUAGCUGACUUCUUUGAGGAGGAUGCUCUGAAUCUGGAGAGUGUUUAUUAUUCUGAAAUGAAAGAUGCUGGCUUCUUUGACGCUGAUUGGGAGUUAUAAAGACAAUCAUCCAUAAUACAGAAAAUGCUAUGUGGAACACUGUGUAAACUGUAAAUACAAAUAUGAUCACACGAAGAUUGUUUAGCCUCGAUUCUACCUUUAUUGUUGCUGGUUUGUGCUUUACCAGUUUCAUAAACAAUGUUGUUGGGCACCUGUAGAAAUGUUGUUCAUUGCAAUAUACUAUAAGACAGAACCGAAUUUUAGAUGUAAUAGCAGAUACGCUAGGUUAUUUUGGUCAUCUUCCUUACGGUCUUGCUUAACAAGCAGUCUGCCUUUGUCAGAUUUUUUUUC